AUGGCGGCACAGCCACCCAGCAGGAUCCGCCUCAGCGUGCUUUGCCCGAAGUUUUUACAUAUAAAUUCUACUAGUCAUACUUGUCCAUUCAGUGCAAUUGCUGAAUUAAUAGAUAAUGCUUAUGAUCCUGAUGUGAAUGCUAAACAGAUAUGGAUUGACAAAACAGUGAUAAAUGACUGUAUAUGCUUGACAUUCACUGAUAAUGGGAAUGGUAUGACAUCAGAUAAGUUAUACAAAAUGCCAAGCUUUGGCUUCAGUGACAAAGUCACCAUGAAUGGUCAUGUCCCAGUUGGAUUGUAUGGGAAUGGCUUCAAGUCAGGUUCUAUGCGUUUGGGUAAAGAUGCCAUUGUUUUUACCAAAAAUGGAGAAACCAUGAGUGUGGGCUUCUUGUCUCAGACCUACUUGGAAGUCAUAAAAGCAGAACAUGUUGUUGUUCCAAUAGUGGCAUUCAACAAGCACCGUCAGAUGAUUAAUUUUGCAGAAUCAAAAGCCAGCCUUGCUGCAAUUCUGGAAAAUUCUCUGUUUUCUAUGGAACAGAAAUUACUGGCAGAACUUGAUGCCAUUAUGGAUAAGAAGGGGACAAGGAUCAUCAUUUGGAAUCUUAGAAGCUACAAAAAUGCAACAGAGUUUGAUUUUGAAAAGGAUAAAUAUGAUAUCAGAAUUCCUGAGGAUUUAGAUGAGGCAACGGGAAAGAAAGGGUACAAGAAGUAAUAAAGAAUGGACCAAAUUGCCCCCAAGAGUGACUAUUCCUUGAGGGCUUACUGCAGUAUACUAUAUCUAAAGCCAAGAAUGCAGAUCAUCUUACGUGGACAGAAAGUGAAGACACAGCUAGUUUCAAAGAGUCUUGCCUACAUCGAACAUGAUGUUUAUCGACCUAAAUUUUUAACUAAAACAGUGAGAAUUACUUUUGGAUUCAACUGUAGAAAUAAAGAUCAUUAUGGCAUAAUGAUGUAUCACAGAAAUAAACUCAUCAAGGCUUAUGAAAAAGUCGGAUGUCACCUAAGGGCAAACAACAUGGGUGUUGGAGUAGUUGGAAUUAUAGAAUGUAAUUUCCUUAAGCCAACUCAUAAUAAGCAAGAUUUUGACUACAUUAAUGAGUACAGACUUACAGUAACAGUGCUAGGAGAAAAGCUGAAUGAUUACUGGAAUGAAAUGAAAGUGAAGAAAAAUUCAGAAUAUCCUCUAAAUUUGCCAGUUGAAGAUAUACAGAAACGUCCUGAUCAAACGUGGGUUCAAUGUGAUUCCUGUCUAAAGUUGUGAAAAUUACCAGAUGGGGUAGAUCAACUUCCAGAAAAAUGGUAUUGCUCCAAUAACCCUGACCCACAGUUCAGAAACUGUGAAGUUCCAGAAGAACCCGAGGAUGAAGAUUUGGUACAUCCCACUUAUGAAAAAACCUACAAGAAGAACAACAAAGAAAAUUUCAGAAUCAAACAACCAGAAGUGAUCCCACGGAGUAAUACUGAACUGUUUCGGACGACCCCUAUUUCAAGUAAGAACUUUUCUCCUAUGAGGGAAAGCAUUCCAAGAGGAUAUCAUUCAGAAGUAACAAAUUCUUAUCCAACAAGACCUAUAAAUAAUCAUCGGGUUUCACCCCAGUCUGCACCUGAGAGCAACAGCCUAAAACGGAGACUUUCUACUCGUUCCUCAAUUUUGAAUGCAAAGAAUCGGAGAUUAAGUAAUCAAGCAUUUGAAAACUCAACUCAUAAAGAUGAUGAUGAUGAUGAUGAAGAUGUGAUCAUCUUGGAAGAAAACAGUACUCCCAAACCUGCAGUAGAUCAUGAUAUUGAAGUUAAACCAGAACAGAGUCACACUGAACAAAGUGGUGUUCACAUUGAGCUUGUGGGCAGUGCUAAAUCUUGUGGCCACACUAGUUCAACAAGCACUGCAUCACCCAGGUGUGAUCGGGGCACUACUGCAGCCACCCAGACAGAAGCACCAAAUGUAGUUGUUAAAAAGGAAGAAAUGAUCAAAGAUGAGGUAGAUGUAAGAAAUGAUAUAGCAAUACUGCCCUCCUGUGUAGAUGCUGAAGGAAAGAUACAGGAAACCCAGGAAACCUUUUCUAAGGCUGCAGAUGAUGUUGGCUGCCAGUUACAAGAGCUGAGAAAUGAACUACUUUUAGUCACUCAAGAAAAAGACAAUUAUAAGAGACAGUGUCAUAUGUUUACUGACCAAAUCAAAGUAUUACAACAGAGAAUAUUAGAAAUGAAUGACAAAUACAUGAAGAAGGAAACUUGCCAUCAGUCUACUGAAACUGAUAAUCAAGAUAGCGUAUUUUUAAUUGAGAGUAUUAAAGGCACAUCUGAAAGUCGAGACCAUGUGAAAUCUCAGUAUUGGCAAGCUUUGGAGAAAAUAGAAAGGCUGAAAAAAGAGUGUAGUGCUUUGCAACAUGUAAAGGCUGAAUGUAGUCAGUGUUCUAAUAGGGAGAGUAAAAGUGAAAUAAAUGAAAUGGAUGUGCAGCUUGACAGUGUGUUUAGACACUUGGACAAAUGCAGUGUUGAGAGGGACCAGUACAAACGUGAUGUUGAAUUAUUAGAAAUGGAAAAAUCACAGAUUCGUUCUCAGUGUGAAGAGCUCAAAACUGAAAUGGAACAGUUAAAAUCUGCAAGUCCUGUGAGAGGAACAGAUGCUUCAACUUCAAGUAAUAUUGAGGAGUCUGUAAAUUACACAGAUGGGGAAAGCCUCAAACUUCGAUCUCUUCGAGUUAAUGUGGGACAGCUGCAGGCCAUGAUUGUACCUGAUCUUGAUCUUCAGCAAGUGAAUUAUGACGUUGAUGUAGUUGAUGAGAUUUUAGGGCAAGUUGUUGAACAAAUGAGUGAAAUCAGUAGUACUUAA